AAUAUCUGUUCUAUUGUCUGCUAUUGUCAAUGUCAAUUUGUCAUCAAAAUUCAAAGGUAUAUAAAGCAAAGAGUAUUUCAUAAUGUAAUAUAGGGUAGUAAAAGGAUAUAAAGGUUCCAAGGAUUAAAUAAAUUUGUUUGGUCUUCUAAAUUUUAUAGAUGUAAUCUCAACCACAUCAGUUGCUCUCCUUUGUUACUUUUCCACUUUACUAUUACUGUAUUUUUAGUACCUGAAUAAAAAAAAAUAGAUACAUUUUAAUUGUUAAAAUGUCUGAAUUAAGCAAUAUUUUUAAAGAAUUAGAGAAGUUAGUAGAAACUGAAAAUGUGUUUGAAGUAAUGAAAAUGAUUAUGAAAGAAAAUUUAAAUAUUGAUGAUAUAACUCAAGAUGAAGAUUAUAGUAAAUAUAAUUUUAUAAAAAACUAUUUACAGAGUAUUAUUAGUGAGAUAGACUUACUUAUUUUAGAGAUAGCAAAAGAUGAAAAACUUAUUAUUAGUGUAAAAAAUCGUAAAUUACUAAAAACUUGUUAUGAAUUAUUGGUUGCACUUGGUACUUCAACGUGUUUGAUACCUGGACUAGGUGUAAGUUUGGAGAAAAGAUCCAUAGCUGCUAAAUCAUUUCCAAAACUAAAGUUAAGAGAGGAACAAAAAUAUGAGGUGUUGGUUUUCUGUACAGAAUUUUUCCAUCGAAGUUUUAAGGUACCUAUUCUCAAAAGUAUCAUUAUGUCUUAUUACUUUUCUGAUUACAUAGCCGCAUUAGUUCAAUUAGCAUUUGCUCCUUUGAAAAAGCCUGGCGUCUAUCCUACAUUUACUAUGACACAGAGUAACUAUGACAAAUUAAUAAGUGACCAACAAAGAUUCAAAGGAAUAUAUGAGUAUGUACUCAAUAACUGUUUUCAACCAUUGGUAAUGAAAGAAUUAUUAAUUCUGCAAAGUGUCGAUGAACCUUCACCACCCAUGUUUGUUAAAAACUUAUUGACAAAUGAAAUGAGCAGACGUUUAACUGCACCAAUGGGCUUAUGCAAUUUAAUAAGAUGUUUUAUGGACUGUCAUGAUAUGGAUACAGGAAUGCAAUGGAAUAAGGUUUAUGUAUUUUGUAAAAUAAUAGGAGCUAAACACGGCCACAUGAAUGAAACAGAAUACCUUGAAAAUAUUGUAUCACAAUUGAAGGAAAUAUUGUCGCUAGACUCAUUGCAUUACCUGAAUACUGGUAUUGCAGGUUUGUUAACUCUUCUACAGAAACACAAUGACCAUGAGUUAAUCCUAAAUUUGGUCGAAGAAGUUUUUAAUACAUUUAAUUUUGAUCAGAUAUCAAAAUUUAAAUUGCCUAAUACUAUCAUUCUUACUACACAAGAAAUACAACAUAACAUAAAAAUUUUCCAAGCCUGUAGUAACAUUAUGGCAAAUCUUGAUGUACCAUCCGAAUUAAUUUUACCCAAUUUGUAUAUGCUUUUUCUACUAAGAAUCAAAUGUACAAAUGACCAAACCAAAUCAAUAAUAUCUGAUAUAAUUAUAAAAAGUUUAGAGAUAUUAGAUGAUGAAGAAUUUGAAAAUAUUGUUGAAGAGUUUCUAUUUGGGCCUCAACUAUCUGAAUCUGCCAAUGUUUUAAUUGAAGAAUAUGAAGCAGGCUUAGUAGUUAAGUGUUCUGCUUCUCACGUAGAACAUCCAACAAAUGAAGCAUUUACGAAUUUCUUAGAGAUUUUCAAUGCAGUUACAGAAAAUAAAUUAGUGGCCAAAUUAUUUGAAUUUAGUUUUAAAUUAUUUGUUAAAUCAAAUUCAGUGAGGAAGUGGAAACAUACCACUGAAAUAUUACCUAGUGUAGAAGACGGACCUCAAGCGUUAAGUACAGAUCAAAGUUAUGUCCAAAUGCUUCAUCUUCUAGCUGAGAUGUCGGCCUCAGAAAGGGUUACUAAUGCUUUAAAAGAAAAUCCUUGCAUUGUUGUUUAUUUUGUGGAGUCUCUUUUAUUUGGUAAUAUUACAGAGUUAAAUGACGAAUGUAGCACUAUAGCUCUAGUGUUAUUAAAUACUGUUUUACCUAGUAUAAAUAAAACUAAGGACUUGAAGAGAAGAUUACAGAAUUUAGUUCCUGUCUUAGGAAAGCUUGCCAAAGACGCAUCUGAGCAUACAAAAAUUCUGUGUAAAGAAUCAAUAUCGUUGAUAACAACUGAUUGUCCCAAACCUGAAGUUAGUGCCUAUGAUAACGCACUUGGAUAUGCAGUUGACAAACUACUUCCAGUAAGAGCUCAUGGGAUUAUUGAGUUGACGAAAUUAAUAGAAAAGGCUGAUCCUGAGGCUUUAUCCAGAAGGCACUAUUUGUUUUGUCUGUUCCAGGAUCAACUCGGGAAUUCAGAUUCAUAUCUUUACUUAGCAGCUAUAAAUGGUUUAGCUGCUAUAUCUAUGUGUUGCCCGAGCGAAGCAUUAACUGCUCUAUGCGGAGAAUUUUUGCAUGUAUCAAAUCAGGAAACAAAACUUUUAACUACUGAACAUCAAAAUAAAAUAAUCGAAUUACGACUGAAAGUUGGUGACAUAAUCGUGAAAGUGAUUAAAAAAUUAGGUCAGAUGGCCGUAGUCCACAAAGUAGUAUUAUUAAAUACUAUGCUAUGUGCCUGUAGCGAUGACGAUCCUUUAAUAAGGGCAUCAGCAUUGUCCAAUGUGGCUGAAAUUGCAUUGGUAAUGAAUUAUAGAAUGGGAACCAUUAUUUAUGAGGUUUUGAAUUGUAUCUGGGACGUAAUUGAAACCGAAACAGUAGUAGAAUGUCGGAGAGCAGCUGUCAUGGUCAUCACGAGUCUCUUUAAGGGUCUGGGCAAAGACAUAUUGUUCCAAUUGAAAGAAUACUUACUGCCCAUAUACAGAACAAUAAAUAGACUAUACAAAGAUACAAAUGAAGAUUCGGUCGUAAAACUGCACGCUCAGUUAGCUCUAGAAGAACUAAACGACAUCGUUAGACAGUUUCUUACACCAGAUUUACAAUUUGAAAAAAAAAUUGUAAUUUCAAGUAAAGAAGAUGAUAUAACAUUUAAAUAAAAAUCAUCAUUUCAUUGA